AUGCCAGGCGAGACUAUUACAAUACAAGCGGGACAAUGCGGGAAUCAAGUGGGUCUACAAUACUGGCAACAACUAGCUCUAGAGCAUGGAAUAAACAAAGAUGGAACACCAACACUGUAUCCAAAUACAUCAUUCAAUAGUUCUCAGACUGGCUCUCAUCCUUCUCUGCAAGACUCAUCACUGGGUCUGGCCAAUGGCUCCAAGCGACUACAUCGAGAAGACCACCCAGAAUUGUUCUUUACACUUUCAGAUUCGAAUACAUAUACUCCUCGUUCAAUCCUCAUUGAUUUAGAACCGUCGGUGGUGACCAAAGCAUUGAAUUCACUACCUAUGCUUAAUCCAAGAAAUACUCACGUUAGCAACCAUGGUAAUGGUGCCGCCAACAACUGGUCUAACGGAUACAAAUAUGAAUCAGAACACAUUGAAAAUAUUUUGAAUAUAAUAGAUAAGGAAGUUGACAAAUGUGACAAUUUGUCCCAGUUUCAAUUGAUUCAUAGUGUGGCUGGUGGUACUGGCCUGGGAUGUGGGUCGAAAAUGUUGGAAGUAUUACAAGAUAGAUAUACCAGCAAAAAGAUCAUUACCACCAAUUCCAUUUUCCCUUCGAAUGAAAAAACUAGUGAUGUUGUGGUACAACCAUACAAUAGUUUGCUAACGUUGAAAAGAUUGAUUGAGUUUAGUAAUGCAACUUUUGUAUUCCACAAUGAUGCCUUGAAUAACAUUGAAAAUACAGUCUUCAACCAAGGAGGGCUACAAGAUCGAGAUCUAUCAAAUGCUACUUCGUUUCAAGGCACAAACAAGCUCAUUGCAUUUGCAAGUGCAUCAGUGAGUAAUCCCAUGCGAUUCCCUAGCUAUAUGUACAGCUCGAUUGAAUCAAUUGUUGCAGGCUUGGUUCCAACACCAGAUUUGAAAUUCCUCACAACCUCGGUGGCACCAUUCAACACCCAGUCGCACCACAACUACAUCAACGAGUAUGACAUGUUUUUGGAAUUGUCAGAUGAUAGAUAUAAAACCAAUAAAUGUGUUUCAUCAUCAUCAUCAUCAUCUUCAGAGAUUGCAUACAUCAGUUUGAUGAACUAUCUAAUCAGUGGAUCUCAUUUGGAUCGUAAGGAGAUACGAAAGGGUAUUUUGAAAGUUCAAGCACGUACAAAUUUUGUACCCUGGACAUCUAGAUCAGUUGGAGUAGUACACGGCAAGAAAUCACCUUAUUUGAGUAGUAAGCACCUUGAGGGAAUACAGAUAUCUAACAACACUUCCAUCAUAGAUGUGUUUAACAAGAUAUUAAGACAGUAUGACUUGCUCGUCAAAAGAAGAGCAUACUUGAACACUUAUGCCGAGGACAACUCUGCUGAGGAGAUGGAGCGUGUGGUUGACAUGCUUAGCGAGUGCAAGGAGUCAGUGGUGAGAGUAAUUGACGAGUACAGUGCAUGUAGGAGUAUCAAUUACUUGGAGGAUGAAGAUGAUGUAGAAAUGGAUAUGUAG